AUCUGCAAAAUGUGGAAAUUGAUGAUUUUUCUGUUUGUGAGUGUUCUAUUUCAAGUCGGAUACAGUUCUAUAGUUCCUACAUUCAUCAUUGGGAAUAAGCUAUUAGAUCCCACGAAAAUACAUACACACCAUACUGUGGUUGUUAGAACAAAUGAAGACUCGCAAGCACACAGGGACAGCGAAAUCAGGGAUAUUCUUGAAGAUGGUUACGCUGGUGAACACGAUGAUAAAGUCGGUGUUGGUCAUGAGCAUGAUAUGGAAAAUUUUUCCAAACUCUUGAGCGAGAUUGAUAGAACUCAAAUGAAUACUGAAAGUAUAGCAAACGUGUUGGAAAAACUGAAGCAAAGCAUCCAAUAUCAAGGAGAAAUAGAAAACAUAUUGAACGAUUGCAUUACUCCUGAAAACCUUUUACGAGCAGCUGACGUCAGUGAUUCAGUUUUGUCCGCACAGCAGUUUGAAAGAGUUUCUUGGAUAAUUCUAUAUUAUCUCAAAACGGAAACGGAUUCAAGUUGCAGUGACAGAGGAGAAGACCUCAUCAGCGCUUCCGAAGCAAAGUCAAAAAUAUUUCCCACCAACGAAAUCUGCAGCGAAAACUUCUCAUCGAACGUUAUUGACGGAAUUAGAGAACAAACGUGUCCAGGAGCAACUCGGUGCGUGGUUAAUCCAUUUUCGGAAGAUUGUGUGAGCACCGAUCAUCUUGAUGAAUCAGAAGCCAUCACAGGGGUUUUGUUGUCAAUUAUGAAAUGCCGUUGUCAUCUUCCAAACCAAAGUUUUUUUAUUGGAGAGUUGAUGGAGAUGGCAGGUUCAAAAAAUGGAAUCAUGACAAUUGAUGAUUUUCAAGUACUUCUUGACACGCUCAAUAUUGGUGGAAGCGUUGAAGUUGUUGUUGACAAUCAUGUAGGACAUGACCACCAAAGACGAAAGCGAGAAACUAAACAUGACCAUACAGGAAAUCAAGCACAUAGCGCGUGCUUUACGACGGAAGAGUUGUUAGCUAUAUACAACGUAGAGGAAUCACAUGGCAUUAACAGCAGUCAACUAGCUGAUCUCUCACCUGCACUUCUACAACAAUCUGCUUCAAAUAAUUGUGCAGCCAAGACGGAAGAUGUGCCGAAUGACGAAGCUCCAGAAUAUACUGAUGCAAUGCGAUAUGGCUAUGGAACAGCUUCGGUCUUCAUAAUCAGUUUAUUGUCGUUUCUGGGUCUUGUAAUGUUUCCUGCUAUUGGAACUGGCGUAUACAAGAUGACAAUGCAAUUUUUCAUCGCUCUUGGAGUAGGAACUAUGUCUGGAGAUGCUCUUUUGCAUAUAAUACCAGAGGUUGUAGGGCUCCAUGAGCAUGGUCACGAGGAUGAACACGUCCACGCCUCGGAUGAAACGCAUUCAGAAGCUGAAGACAAAACAUAUAUAUGGAGGUUACUCACGGUUAUUGGGGGAAUAUAUUUGUUUUAUUUGUUUGAAAAUAUAGUCAGAAUAUGGAACGCAACGAGAAACAACAAGAUCACUGUACAUAUAAAUGAUUUUACAUCAAAUGAUCACGAUAACACAACAGAAAAUGAAAAUGGAAUACCGGUAACUCAAUCAGUCACUAGUUUUGCAACAGAGAGCGUAUCUCCACAAGAUGUUGACAGUCUUCCCCAAGAUGAAGAAAAGAAGGAAGAAAUGGAAGAACAUGCUUCUCAGAAAGUAAUUGGAGAUUUGACAGUCGUGGCAGCGAUGGUUCUUAUUGGAGAUGUUUUACACAACUUCGGAGAUGGACUUGCAAUCGGAGUUGCGUUUAGCAGUGGAUGGGUUUCUGGUGUUGGGACAUCUAUAGCAAUAUUCUGUCACGAGUUACCGCAUGAGUUUGGCGAUUUUGCAAUUUAUAUGAACAACGGAUUAUCAAAAUGGAAAGCACUCCUGGCAAAUUUUGCGGCCGCGUGUAUGGCUUUCGUUGGUUUGUACAUUGGACUUGCAAUCGCUGAAAAUUCGGAAGUCAGGAACUGGAUUAUGGCGGUGAUCGCCGGAAUGUUCCUAUACAUUUCCCUUGUUGAUGUUCUUCAUGAGAUGGUGGAGUCAAAAACUUCAAAACCUUUUCUACAAUUCGGAUUACAAAAUCUGGGCUUAUUACUUGGCUGGGCUAUUCUUCUGGUACUUUCAAUUUACGAGGAGAAUUUGAUAACAGCUUUAGAAUAACAAAAUCAUUAGAGCUAAUUUUCAGAGAUUAAUUUUUAGAUGCUUGUUAAUCAAUGUUGCUGGAUUUUGGGGGCUUCUAGAGUCACCAUAAUUUUUAUUGCUUUCGUUCGGAAAUCUGCGUUAGAUAUAUUCCACGCUUUUCUAUUUAGGCUGCAAGUUUAUUUACACUAUGCGGAUCUUCAUAUAGGCCUACGGAAAUUUUGUAAUAUGUAUCUUUUAAACUUAUG